AGAGACAGGAAGGAUCGUAAAUUUUUUCUUGUUCAGCGUUUAUAACUCCCUAACGGUGAAGAGAGGAAACUCUCCUCUUCCCCUUGUUUCAGAACAAAGCAAGAAAAGCUAAUUUUCUUCUAACGAAGCCCAUAGUUGGAGGCGAUUAAAGGGUUCGUGGGCUCUGACCCUACAGCGGUAGCAGCGUUAAAUAGCAUGAGCACUCGUGGUCCGAGGCGGCCUUUGAAAGGGUAUGUGAGGGAUUCUCGCAGGAGAAAGAUGGUACUGGACGUGGACCUCAAUGAUACACCUCCGGGUGAGGGGAGAGCUCUGGAGGAGAUCUUUACUGGAAUUGGGUCUCAGGGAGCACAGAGUAGUGUCCAAGGAGGGACAUUGCCAUCCGCUGCAACAAUUGAUGUGGAGGCCAUUGAUGAUGAAGUUGUGAUCUCAUCUCCAAGGAGUUUUGCUGAAGCUAGGAACAAGUCCAGGAGGAACCAUGGGGUACCUGUGCUCCUUGAUGAAGAGUCUGAUGUUAAUCAAGGUAACUCAGGAGACCCUAUUAAUAGGUUAAAUGGUCAGAAUAAGCGCAGAAGAGUUCCGCCAAAUCAGACUGUUAUCAACUGUGACAUGUACAUAAACUUGGAAGGCAAUAACAGUGCGAAGAAUGAGAAAAAACCUUCACAACCGCCCGUACCACCACCACCCAAGGAGCCCACCUUCAGCUGCCCUGUUUGCAUGGGUCCACUGGUUGAGGAGAUGUCGACCAAGUGUGGCCACAUCUUCUGCAAGAAGUGCAUCAAGGCUGCGAUAACAGCUCAGAAUAAAUGUCCUACCUGUAGGCGAAGGCUGACAAUGAAAGACGUUAUUAGGAUCUACCUGCCUGCUACCAAUUGAGCCAAGCUUAUACAUGCCCAUCAGAUUUAUACAAGGUGGGUUUGCAUAUAGGGGGGCUUAGACAAGGGAAAUCAUUGCACAGCUUGGGGAAGGAACAAGGGAUGGACAUGAAGCUCUCAAUCUCUUUUGGUUUUUAAUCUAGAUUUAGAAUUUGACUUUAUUUGGUUGAGAAGUUCGAAAUCCCAAUGGUUGUGAUUGGUCUAGGACAUGGCCUAACCUUCCCUUCAGAUUUAUAGUGUUGAACUUUCUUUC